UACGUAUACACACGCUGCUCUUGCUUCUCUACACCAGCCUCACUCCCUUCUCUCUCUUACAACAGUCAUCCUUGCUUGGCGCACUCUUUCCAGUGCGACCAACAAAGAGCCACGAAAAACUCGCGUGUCUCUUCUGUGUUGUUUACUCGUCUGACAUUUAAUUCCGCGUAAGAUGCACGUUGUUUCUCAAACGUCAUUCACGAAGUUUGAUCGCGCGAGAAACGAUAGGCGUGAGUUCUGCGAUUUCUUGUAAUUGUCAGGUAAGAGAUAUCAAUUUAAAGCGAAUACGUGAAAUACAGCGUAUGUAAACAUAGCCGUGUGACGUUUGACACAAGACGAGUGGUGUCAUCGGGAAGAAAAUAGCGUGUCGCGAGUGCGCGCGCGUUGCACAAAUGUUGCAACAAUAAAAUAUGUCUUCUCGAUCUGUCAGUCGCGACGAGCGUCAAUCAUCUUUUUGCGAUUACAUAUAUUUUAUAUGAAAAAAUGGCAGAUGUAAGGUUAUUAAUUCAGGAAGAAGGUCGAGCAGCCAGAAAUUUGAUAGCAUUCAACGUGCCGGUUGGCACGAACAACGUAGAGAAGAUAACAAAAAAACCACCUAGUGUACCGAGACAAACUCAGUCUGGUUCGACAAAACGAUCCAUGAAACCACCCACGAGAGUAAGAUCUGCUUCCACAGGUCGUGAUAAGAAAUCUGAAUUACAAGCGCGAUACUGGGCAUUCCUGUUUGGAAAUUUGCAAAGAGCGGUCGACGGUAUCUAUCAAACUUGCGAGGAGGACGAAAAUAUUUCCGAAUGUAAAGAAGUUAUUCUGGUGUUGGAGAAUUACACUCGCGACUUUCACAAUUUGAUAGAAUGGUUUAAAGUUAAGUGGGCUUACGAAAAUUCGUCGCCGCCAUUGAGACGAACUCCGCUUGCUUGGGAAGUUAGGAAAACCUCUCCUUGUCGUAUAUGGAACUCCACAAUAAUUCCGAAAUGCACCAGUCCCUUGCAAAGAGCGAGUCCAACGGAAUCCGUUUGCAGAAGUCCGGUUGAACAAACUAUAUGCGAAACUAAAGCAAUUGUAACCGACAAUAAGAUCAAUCACGUGAAGGAAGAAUUUGUUCAGAAAUUGUUGAAAGACAGCAAAAAUAAUGUGUGCAAAAAUUGUUCCUCCAAUAUUAAAGAGAAACGCAAGAGCGAGGUUGACAGGAUGGGAAAUCAAACGGGAAACAAAGAAAAAUCCGCGUCAACGAAGGCGCUUAACAAAGUGUCCGUGAAACAAUCGAUGCAAUCGAAAACAAACAGCUUCGUGGAUCGCAAGACGUUAUCGAAUGAUAACGAUACGAAGAACAAGGUAAAUAGCGAAUUCGUACAGAAGGAAAAUGGUGCUGGUGUUAAAGAUGGUAAGCUAGAGGGAAAAAACGUAGAUAGCAAGUUAUCUGUUGGCAAGAGUAACGUUGGAUUAGAAAAGAACGAAAUCAAUGCCAAAGUUAAGAAAGAUAGCGUUAAAAAGUGUGAGAACAAUGUUACCGCUGAAAAGACGUCGAAUGGCAAAGCGCACAUCGUUCAUCAAAAUAUUUCCGAGAAAGUCAAUCGAGUUAAUUGUCAAACCAACAAACAUCCUUCUGAGAUUAGAGACAGACCGAACAACAAGGAUGUUCCCUCAACUUCCGCAAAAACAUCGUCUAAUAUCGCGGAUAAGAGUUCUGUUGUGAUCAACACAAACAGACCCGCCUAUUCGACUGUGUCGCAAGCAAGAAGUAAAGUACAAUCGUCAACCUCAGCUAACGCUCCAAAGUUUGCUAGAAGUAAAACUUGUUUAAGCGAUAGGAAUUUACCUGCUUCGAGUAAAACGAGACCUGGAACGUCUGUUAUAGUGCGAGGGCGGUAUCAAAGUCUUGAAAAUAAGUUAUCCGAGCAAAAUAUUUCCAAGAAAGAUCAAAAUAGGGAUAUGAACGGAUCGGUUGAAGUUUUGACCAAGCAAACGGUAUCUCCGAAGGUGAAGGAUGAGAAUGACGGUUGGCAAACGGUCAGAAAUCGUUGCAGAAGAGGUAGCACACACAAUCUGAACAUGUCCACGCGCUUUCACAAACCAAGCACCGCUCUGUCGUUGCCAGCAUUGUCGAUACAAAGCCCAACGGAUAAGAUAAAGAAGAUUAGUUAUACCCCCGACGGGAACAACAAACAAAAGAAGAAGUGCAUAGUGGGAAAAACUGGCAAAAAUAUGAACAACGAAGUCGAGAAGGUCAAGGGAGAAUUCAUCACGUCUACGAUCAAGAGCAAUCUCGAGGACACGCUUAAGAAGAACACGUUAAACUUGUGCGACGCCAAUUCGACGUCGGUGAUCGCGGCCAUCUUCAAGAACGACGCGGAGCUGCUCGAAAAACGCAUUCAACAGUUCAUGGCCGCUCAGGCGGAAAGAGAGAGAAUCAUUCUGGAAGAAGAGAGGAAGACCGAGGAAGCGGAUUCUCAAAGAUCCCAGCAGCUGUCGGACGAAGAGGCGUCUUUGAAACGACAAAUUUUGGAAUUGGAAUCCACCGAAAUCGACGUUGACACGGAAACGGACGAAACGGACGGCGAAAUGAUUCUCGAGAUAGAAGACGAGCCCGCAGAACCGCUCGGUGGUGUCACCGACGAUAUUAGUUUGGAAGACAGGUACGAAAAUAUGUUGGAGGGAAUGUCCUGGGCGGAACGAACGGACACUCUCGCGCAAUUGCGCGCAUUGGUGGCCCGUCAUCCCGGACGCGCCUUGGAAUUGCAUCAGAAGCUCUCGUCCCCGUCGAGAAAACGAUCGCUUCCCGAAACGUUGAGGAGGUAUCAGGCGAAACAGGCGUGCGCUCAACACAAACGUCAAAAGUUACUGAUGGAAAAAUCUCAACGAUUGCGCGAAUUGUUGAACAAGGUCGAGGACGUUAAGAGCGCGAAGAGUCAAUUGAUAGAAGACAAAAGAAUUCGAAUGGAAAUGAGACUCAAGAGGGCGGAAGAAAAUCGAACGCAACAUCUGUUGGAAAUAGUGAGAAAAGCGCACGACGAGGAUUCCAAGUUGAAGGAAAUAGCGUUUAUCAACGAGCUCGAGGCGCAGAACAAGAGACACGAUUUUAUGGCGUUGUGUCAGGAACAAGAAGAAAGAUUACAAGGUAUUCAAGAGGAACGUCAACGUCGACAAGAAGAGAAAGCUGCGAAGGAAGCUGCGGCCGAGGAACGUCGAAGAGUUCUCGAGGCGGAACGACAAUUGCGGAUACAAAAAAUGAAACAGGCGCGACGAGAACGCGAGGAAAGAGUGGGAAAAAUGCAACUCGAGAGAGAAAAGGAACGACAGGAACUGGCGAGAGAAAAAGCGAGAGAUCGCGAGGAACGUUUGUCAGCGCUUCACGCAGCUCAACUGGCCAAUCAAGAGGAGUUGCAGAAGAAGAUAGCGCAGAAGCAACAGGAGUCGGCCAGACGGCACGUGGAGAAUAUCGAGCACAUUCGCCAACGCGCGGUUGAAUCCUCCAUUCUCAGAUCGGAGGAAGUGCCGCCCACUCUGAAAUCUUAUCCCGCUCAAAAACAGUGUUCUCUGUGCGGCACGAUCAUAUCUAACGAGGUGCAACUUCUGAGUCAUUUGAAGGGUAAGACCCACAUCGAGGCGGUGCGAAAUGCGCACGACAAUCGCGAGCCGUCGAGAGACGAGCUUCAGCGUUUUAAUAUCGCUCAGAUACGAGACGUUCCGGUCAACGUGGUCAACAAUAACAACACAAACAACAGCAAGGCCGCGAGGGAGAAGCAAAAAGCGCUGAAACGCCGAUGCAGAAAGAUAAAGCAACGCAUGAGCCUGCGUGGUCAGGAGUGGGAGGAUAAACAAAAAAAUGAAACUAAUCAAAGUUUAUCUAACGAGUCGGCAAACAAAUCCAAGUUCAAGCGCAACUUGAAAGAGUUUGAUAGGUUAUAUAAUAAUCAUUCCAAGUCUGCGUGGUCGACCAUAGCGCUCGCCUCGUUGGAACGUUGCUCGGGUGAGAUUGUCCGAGCUUUCUCCAAAUCGUGUUCCUCCGAUCAGGAUGCUUUUAGGUGUUUGAAUGGCAUUGAUAUCUUAACGAACUUGUUGAAUCUCGGUUUAAAUACGCAAAAUGUAUCUCACAAUUUAUCAAAUAAAGCGAUUAUAUCGCUGUGUCGGGUUUACAAAGCGAGCAUCAGCGACAACGCCGACAGCAUAGAGACCGUUUUGUUAAGUAACAAAAUUCUCGUUAUUCUGGAUCUGCUUUUGCAACAUUUAGAGACUCUGACUAGUCUCGACGACCACGCUCAGACUCAGGAUGUAUCCGGCAAUUCAACCGGAAGCGGUAUGGUGGCCGCCAGUGCGACGCAAUUGCUUUGCAGCCUGAUCCCCGAAGAGCCCUUUGAGAAAACGAUCCUGCAGAGCCGCGUUCGGGAUAUCGCCGGAUAUCUGGUAGCGGGCGGCUUAGUGGAUCGCGUGUCACGCCACAGUCGCGCCCUGAUCGAGACGGAUUUUUUUCCGGAUCAUCAGGAGCAGGAGUCGCCGGUGCUUGUAUCGUCUUACGAUCUCCUAUCGCGUAUCUGCGGCCAUCUGAGGCGCGUCGUCUCGGGCGUCGAUCAAGAUAAUGUCAGCGUGCACCACGGAUGCGAGGGUGGCGGCAGCAACAACAACAACAACGUCGAGCAAACAAGCAACGAGUCGCACUUGCUUUCGACCUUGUCGGCGACCGAGGCAUCGGGUGCGAUCGGCGCGCUUUACGCCGCGGUCGCGUUCACGCCGCAGAAUCAGAAGGGAGCCUCGCCCACGCCGAACCAAGUCGCGUUCACGACCGCCGCGAGGAAUCUGGCUGGUCGCGGACUCGAGCUUCUGAAAUCGAUCGCCGAGCUCGAUCUUCGAUCGCUACAGAGUUUCUUGGGCGCCGAAGGCACGAGCUUGCAGUGGCGCCUGAUAGCGAGUCAUCUGAUAACUCGGUUUUCCCGAGAUUCCUUAUCAGACAACAAGGAAACGGGGUCACCGCCGAACGCGAGCGGUAUUCACAUCCUAUCGACGUUGUUCGUGGUGCUCGGUUAUUUUGCUCUCAACAAUCCGGACAAUCAGCUGGUUCUUCAGUCGGCCGGCGCGGGUCCUAGCGUUCUUCAGCAAUUGUGCACCUUGCCGUUUCCUUUUUACGGGGAUCCCAGAUUGAUACCGUACACGUUGCCGGCGUUGCUGGCGGCCACGCACAACAAUCCCGAGGCGAUGGCGAUAUUGUCUUGCGAAAUGUCGUACGAGUUGCUGGAACAGUACAGAAAUUCCGACGAGGGUAAAUUGAAUCCUCUGGUGCGUUUGCUGAAGAAUAACGUCUAGUCCGUCGUGUUUCGCUAACAUCGCUAAAAUAAAUUCAAUUCCGUCGUCUUACGAGUUAAAUCGUUAAAUCUCCGCUACGCAUGCAUCCGGAUCCGUUGAUCGAUCGUUAUGUUAACUAACCACAAAACGUAGAUGUUGAAUAGAAUAUUUCUACGAUAUUAAGAUAAAAACAAAAAAAAAAAAACCGAAUAGGAGAAGAAAUUUUCUCAAAAUGCGAUUAUUUGUAUAGUCAUAUCGUCACUGCGUUUAAUUUUAGAAUUUCGAGAAUGUUAAUUUCCUCUUUGAGAGAGAGACCAAUGCGCGCGUUCCUUCUUCGAGUUCGGCGAUAAAAUCGCCGGUGUGAGAUUAAAUUUAAAUCGAAAAUAACGCGAACAAAAAAUACGUAUGUUAAUUUAGACUUAGACCAGUGCUUCCUAUCCGAAACCGUUUUUGGUCGCCUAUUUACAGUCGCAACACGAUGACACAAUCGGAUUAUAUAUUCUGCUUUAUUUCCGAGUCCACCAUGUACACCAUUUCUGACUACAAUAUAUAUACACACAUAUAUACACCAUUUCACUUCUGCAGAUAUUAUUACGAGAUACAGAUGGAAAUUUUUUCUCAGUCGAUUUGAGAGAUUUUUCAGUGUGAGCAUCAAAUUUCAAAUCGAUAAUCUUUUAACAAUGUUUUAUGAAUUUUAUGAGAACUUUUUGCGAAAAAAUGCAUAUUGUAGAAUUUCGAUGAUUUUUUUAUACAUAACGCGCGAAGUGCUCAUUUAAAUGGCGAUAUAUUUAUUUCGAAAAAUAUAGCCGAGAUAAAAACUAAAUUAUAUAUAAAUAGAAAAAAAAACAAAAUAAAU